GGUAUAGAAUCUCCAUUGCUAGUUACAUGUUUUAAAAAUCGCGACAUAUUGGCGAUUUUGAUAUUGAAAAUAAAAUUGCAUAGUGCAUACACACACUAAAUAGAAUACAUUAAUGAUGACGCGUUCAUUUAAUCUUGCCUGAUCUAAAUGCAUUUGCGUGUUUCAAAAUUUAUAAGGUUAAGGAUAUUAAAAUAUGUUUAUAUAACUAAGUACACUAAACUGGGUAAAAGUUUUGGAGGUUUGAAACAGUUUGUAAGAAGUCAUUCAGUGUAUAACCUAUUUUGUUUUCCAUGUGCUGGAAUCAUAUUAACUUUGUAAAAGUGUAACAGAGACCUAUACUUCUACUUAUAUUAAUUCAGUAGAGUGAGGACAAAACAUUGUAUAUAGAGAAUGAAUGUAUUCUUUCAGAAAUCGCAGUAUUUUCUAAAAACCUUACAUGCAUAUACAAACUCAGUCCUUUGAAAUCGGAAGUUUACUUUUGGAAGCAAUAAUUAAUACAAAUCGUAUAAAAGGAAUCGCUCUUAUUUUCGUUUGUGUUAAGGUGGAAAAGUGCUGUUAUUUGAGUCCAAUUAGCUUCGUUUACUAUCAUACUUAUCAAAAAAAUAAACUGUAUCGGUAGACUUAUUCGAAUAAGCGUAAGAUAUUACGGAGCACGUUUCACUAUGCACACUGCACAUGUUUACAGCUACCUAACCAAAAAAAGAGUGAGAGAGAAGAGUUAUAACAUUUAAUAGUAGUGCCACUGUGUGAAGGAAUAAGUUUUGAGACUUCUAUUGUAUUUCUUGGGUUAUUUUCGGUUUCCAUACCACAGAAAAAUAUGCAUAAUCAUAUUCAUAAUGGAAACCGAAAAAUACAUUAGUUUUAGAAGCUAAUAUAACAAACUUAUGUAAUAUUUCAAAACAUUUGCAUAUUUAAAACAACCUAAACAAGAACCUUAUUCGGAAGUAAACGUUUAAAAAACAUUUGUGAGGAAUUUUAAUUAAAAUAUGCAUACAUAUAUACGUAGACAUUUGAUACUGAAUGAAUGUAAUAAUGGGUCAGAAAAAAACAAUUUUCAGCGAUGAAGCUCACUUUUGGUAGAACGGAUACGUUAAUAAACAAAAAUGUCGUUUUUGGAGUGAUGAUUAUCCACAAGCCAUUGUUAAGACACCGUUACAUCCUCAAACCGUCACUGUUUGGUGUGAUCUAUAGGCAGAGGGAAUUGUUGAUCCAUAUUUAAAAGAAAAAAAUGAAGGCGGUCCAAUUUAUUGAAGGAAACUUGUAGUGAACGCAUUAUAUCUCGCGUCGUGGUCCUGUGGCCCAAUCGUUGUACUAUUUUUUGUGUGGUAUGGUGGUCUGUGUCAAAACCGUCUUCGGUGAAGCUGUCCUACAGAUUCUAGCGACUCAUUAAUAAAUGUAAGAGGGGUCGUUCGAAAUCAGGAUUUUUCUGUCAUAACAAACUUUUUGAGAAAAAGUAGAAUCUGUUUUGGAAAGAUGACACUCCCAAGUGCUGCCCGAGUUUAUACAGAUGUGAACGCACACAAACCGGAUGAAUAUUGGGACUACGAGAAUUAUGUAGUUGAAUGGGCUAAUCAGGAUGAUUACCAGUUGGUUCGCAAAUUGGGCCGUGGAAAAUACUCGGAAGUAUUUGAAGCUAUAAAUAUUACAACGACGGAGAAGUGUGUGGUUAAAAUCCUCAAACCAGUAAAGAAGAAGAAAAUUAAGCGUGAAAUAAAAAUUUUAGAAAAUUUGCGUGGUGGAACUAAUAUAAUUACUCUAUUAGCGGUUGUAAAAGAUCCCGUUUCACGUACCCCCGCAUUAAUAUUUGAGCACGUCAAUAACACCGAUUUUAAACAAUUAUAUCAAACUUUAACGGACUAUGAGAUCCGUUAUUACUUAUUUGAAUUACUAAAGGCUCUGGACUAUUGUCAUAGUAUGGGUAUUAUGCACAGGGAUGUAAAACCUCAUAACGUUAUGAUUGACCACGAAAAUCGUAAACUACGCCUGAUUGAUUGGGGUUUGGCAGAAUUUUAUCAUCCUGGCCAGGAGUACAAUGUUCGAGUAGCGUCUCGAUAUUUCAAAGGACCGGAGUUGCUUGUUGAUUACCAAAUGUAUGAUUACUCGUUAGACAUGUGGUCCUUGGGCUGUAUGUUAGCUUCAAUGAUUUUUCGGAAAGAACCCUUUUUUCAUGGGCAUGAUAAUUAUGACCAACUCGUCCGUAUUGCCAAAGUGCUUGGCACUGAAGAAUUGUAUGCAUAUUUAGAUAAAUACAAUAUUGAGCUAGAUCCUCGUUUCCAUGACAUUUUGCAAAGGCAUUCUCGAAAGAGAUGGGAAAGAUUUGUCCACUCGGAUAAUCAACAUCUUGUUUCACCAGAGGCCCUCGAUUUUCUUGAUAAGCUUUUGCGUUAUGAUCACGUUGAAAGGUUGACUGCACGUGAAGCAAUGGCUCAUCCCUACUUUUUACCAAUUGUGAACGGGCAAAUAAAAUCUACCAGUCAGCAAUAAAAGAAUAUACAAUUGUAAACAUCGGAGUAAUACGUUGUCCGAAUGGAGAAUUAAAGUAACUUCAUGGAUGAGUAACUUAAUGAAUACCACGAAAAAAUUAGUUUAGUACGAAUCGACUCCAAAACAGAAGAGGAAUAUAAAAAAUUUUUAAUAAACCAUGAAAUUAUACAUAACUUAUUUAAUAAAAAAUUAUAAUAAAAUAUAAAA